UGUACAGAGGCGUUGAAGAGUGUGACAUGCUAUCUGGAGGGUCAUAUCCAGACAGACAACAUCUUGGAAAACCAUGGCAUUACUAACCUCAACGUAUCUGAUCUUAGUGAGCUACUUUGGGAGGUUAAUGAAUCAAUUUAUCAUUGGCAGUGAUAACUGCUCACCUUCUGUCUACUUUCAAAACAACAUGAUCUGUAUUGAUUAUGACCACUGUGACAUGGAUCGAGUUAUUCAAAUCAAAGACUGUUCAGGGGCUGCAAAUUGUCAAGAUGCACCUGUGGGUUUGCACUGUCAAUGUGUCAAAAAAGAGAAUUCCUUUUUAGCGGAACUUUCCAGUUCAUCACCAAGCUGCAGAGAGAUUGACCAGCGUUACAUCAACAAUACUAAAUUUUGUCCACCAGGAUACUAUUUUGACAGGAGAAGGUUCUGCAUUGAGUGGACUUGUGAUCUGCAAGAAGACGUUAAGAUUAACUGGUGUACUAUAAGUAGACGAUGUUUUGAUACCCCUAAUUAUCUCGAUUGCAAAUGUAGGCAAGUGUCUCAAUCAAUCAAAAUGCAGAUGGAUGUAGGUUCACAGAGGUGCCUAGAUAUUGAUGAGUGUCUUCAAAAUCCAUGUGGUGCUGAACAAGCCUGCACAAAUAAACCUGGAAGCUACAGUUGUGAUAACAAAACCUGCAUUGACCCGAAUCAAUUUAACAUAUCACGGUGCAGUUUCAUCCACUGGGGCCAGCAGAUUCAGAAUUCCUGGUAUACAUUGCACAGAUAUUGUUCUGAGGUUAAUUCGAUUGUUGGACUGGUGAAUGAGCAGUGUCAGGCCCAGGAUGGUGAGCCUGUAUUUCAGAAAAUUCUUUCUACUGCAAAUGAACUGCUAAGGAAUGACUCCUUAUGGGGGAAUUUGGAAAAUGAAAAACGGUUUUAUUUGGCUUCUAUAUUCCUGCAAUCUGUGGAAAACACUGUGAUAAUUGCCAGUCUAGAUUUACCUGAUCAAGGAAAGAGAAUUGUAUCAACUGAAAAUAUUGAUCUGGAAAUGCAUAACUUUCAAGGUAAAAAUGCUUCAGCUACUGAAAUAAUCAGACUCCAGACAAAAGGCACCUUUAUAGAUAUUAAUCGAAGUAGAAUCAACAAAGAAAAAACAAUGGGGGCAGAUUUUGCUGUGGCAGCUUUGAUCGAACUCAGCAACAUGGAUUCCAUCCUGAAUGGAAGUGUUUACAAUCUUGGGACCACUACUGGAAAACUAAAGCCAUUCCGAUUGAUUUCAGAUGUAUUUUCAGCUGUCAUAAUCAAUAACCACAGUGACGGAUUUGACCAGAUGGUGAACUUCACCAUUAAACACACUGAGGAAGCUAACAUUAAUUCAGAAUUGCACUGUGCCAACUGGAAUUACAUGCCCGGGGAAAGUUAUUGGUCUCCUAAAGGGUGCAUUAAGGGAGUUUCCAACAGGACUCAUACUCAGUGUCGAUGCAAUCAGCUCUCCAGCCUUGCUCUGCUGUUGACCCAUUUUGAAUGGCAGACAGAGCCUUUUGCCCUUACUGUAAUUACAUACGUUGGGAUCCCUGUAUCACUCAUGUGUCUUGCUGUUGCUUUUGGAAUUUUUGCAUUUUGGAAGGAUCUUAAGAGCAUGUUAACUGCCACCCAUAUGCAGCUGUGCCUGAGUCUCUUCCUGGCGGAGCUGCUCUUUCUAAUCGGCAUCAACCAAACCAAAAAUCGGGUUGUGUGUGGGAUUAUAGCAGGAUUUUUACACUACUUAUUUCUGGCUGCAUUUGUUUGGAUGUUUCUGGAGGGAGUCCAGCUCUACCUCAUGGUCAGAGACAUCAGAAAAUUGAGAAUCACCCAUUUGGAAAAAAUUGGGAAGUUCAUGUACCCUGUUGGCUACGGAGUUCCUGCAAUAAUUGUGGCUAUUUCUGCUGCAGUGUAUUGCAAUGGCUACGGGUCACUCAGGCACUGCUGGCUACAAACACAUAGAAAAUUCAUCUGGAGCUUCCUGGGGCCUGUUUGUGCAAUAAUUGGGAUCAACACAUUCCUUUUUCUCUUAACACUCUGGUCUUUGAGAGAAUCAGUUUCCAAGCGUGACAUUACAAUAUCUAAACUUCAAAACACGAGAAUGUUGGCAUUUAAAGCCAUCAUGCAGAUGUUUAUCCUGGGCUGUAGCUGGAUUCUUGGUUUGUUCCACUUUAACGAAGAAACCCUGGUAAUGGCCUAUUUAUUUACCAUUGUCAACAGUUUCCAGGGCACCUUCAUCUUUGUCAUCCUGUGUGUGUUAAAUCCCAAGGUGAGGGUCCAGUGCAAGAAAUGGUUUUCCAUGCUAUUCAGAACAAAGAGAAUUGUCUCACCCAAGAAUAAAGCUGCAAUCAUGCCAAAGAAUACCAGGGCGGUAUCAGCAUGUGGGCCAGUGAAGUCAGCAUCAACAGUGAAAUCCAUAUCCACAGGCUGAGGCACGAGGAAGGGAAGAUUCUGGUGGCUGAAACUUAUUGAACUGGCGAUGAAGUGAUGUUAUAUCCCUUUUAGUUGUGGAGUUGGGAGUCAGCGUAAAUGUAACCUUUAAACUUGAAUAAACCUCCAUUUCCUCAGUAUACAGACCUUUAUAAGUACUGUGAUCCUUGCAAUUAGCCAUGCAGUCACCAUGAUAUCUGCUCAAUAGAAGAGGAAUGACUGAAUGUUGGCUGAGCUCUGGUUUGGUGCAUGCCAGUUUUUUGGCCUGGGAGAUCAGUUAUAGGAUCAGUAAUUCCACUGUCAAUCAUCUGAGUCCCAGGAGUUGCUCAGAGUAGUUUCUAUACUCAACCAUCAUCUACUGCUUCAUCAUUGACCUACACCUUGUUGUGGAGUAGAUAUUUUUGAAUCACUCUAUUCAGACUCAUUACUACAUGGCUCUGAUAGGACUUGAACCCAGGCCUGCUGGCUUAGAAUAAGGGACAUUGUUACUGUCUCAUAAGAACCUUGGCCUACUGCACCUGAUCUUCUGAGGCAGUUAUCCAUCCAAGUACUAGCCAGGCUUGAGUCUGCUUAGCUUCAUAGAUCAGAGGAGAUCUGGCAUUUUCAGUCUAGUGUGUAAUGAGACAUUUCUGGAGCAGGUACAAUUUGAACCCAGGUCCUCUGGCUCAACUGGAGACGCUACCACUGCGCCACAAGAUCCCUAAUCUGUUGUGGAAUAUCUAAAAACACCCCCAGUGAGUCAGGUAAGAAUUUACGACUGUGAUGUGAGGAGUUUAUUGAUAAUCAAGAUCCACUAUUCCAUCAGUCAUAUCAUUUAUAUAAAUGUGUUAAUGCAAUCACCUCUAUGGUCACUUGAUUCCCUUGUAUUCGACUAGUUAGAGUAAAAGACACCUUCACCAGGCUUUUUGAAUGAACUCAAAAAAUCCAUUUAUUACAAACAAAAUUUAAUACUAAAGCCAUUGUAAAACUAGUUAACAACUACAUUAUAUACUGUAAUUCGAACUAUAUCCAAUUAAUCCCUGACAAACACAUUCACGAGACUGAAAGCGACUCCAAACUUUGCAAUGAUGAUAUUGACAAAGAAACAAAAGGAAAGAGCAAUGUUAUUGAUCCAUGGUCACUGAUACAAAGGAUAAUGUUUGAUGAACCUUCUCAAAUGAUGAUUCUUUUGGAUGCAACAAAAUCUGUGAUAGCAGAUGGCAAAUUCUUUGGACCUGGUGUUGAUUUUGAUGAAAAUCCACUUAGAGAUCGGUCUUUGAAUAAAGGUUCCAUGUUAUUCUUUUUAUUAGGAUUGACAAAAGUAGCUCUAAUUUUGAAUUAUUGAACUGUAUAAUAAAAUUCCUAAAUUUGUGCAGGAGAGGAGGAGUGAGGGAGCUUUUUGGUUUGCAUAUAGCUGCUGUUCCUUUUCCAAGUGUUGCUAGCGUGUUGCUAGUCUCUCUGCCCUUCCCCUGGUGUUUGACACACAAACCCAAUGCAGCAAGGUUUGCGAGGUAAUCACCAACUGCCAGAGUCUCCUCGAAAUAGUGCACUAUCUCCUGGUGUUUUCCAUAUAGUCCACAAUAUUCCCAUCAAUACAGGUAUGUCAAUGAGAGAGAAACUCUCAGGUCACUCUGAGAAGCAUUUCGACAAUUCAUAGGAUCUCGGCUACAUUUUUACAAUUUCUUGUGACAUUCCUUGUAUGAUUACUUCAUAGACUACAAUUAUAUCAUGAAUCACAUGCUCAUGUUUAUACUUUAUGUUCUUUUCGCUGCCUGUGUGAAAAUAAGUUACUGUGUAGCUCACCAUUUUGACUUGGGACAAUAUUGUCAUUCAUUCACUGUUGCUGGGUCAAAAUUCUGAAAUUUACCCAAGUCACAGACCGCAGCAAUUCACAAAGGUACUUCACUCCCAAGCCUUCUCCAGGGCAGUUACAAAUGGACAACAAAUACUAGUGUAGCUGGUGAUGCCCACAUCGCAUGAAUGAAUAAUAGUGAAAUACUGGCUCACGUUCUGUCAUCUCCAACAGGUCUACAUGCUAUG